AUGGGGAAAAGAAUGGGGAAGGGAGAAAAAGAUAUUCUUUACGGGAUCCUGAGUGAGAGAAACAUUAAGCACAUUCAAUUUGGUAUUGACAAGAGAUUCCCCAGCUGGUAUGGGAGCAAUGCAUAUUUCAAUCUUGAAACGAGACUACUGGGCUUCAAGGAAGAUCAAAGAGUGGUAAAGAAGGUUGAGCGCUGCCAGUUUUGGUUGGAUACGCUGUAUAUUUGUGAAUAUUGCUUCAAGUACACGGACGACGAAGAACAGUAUAUCGCACAUGAAGCUAAUUGCAAAUACAAGGGCCGUGCUCCAGGCAAGAUCAUGUAUAAAAGCCCUACAUAUACCAUCAGGCGAGUUAAAGGCUCGAAACAUCAAUUGUUUUGCCAGUGCCUUUGCCUAUUUACGAAGCUAUUUCUGGAUAACAAAUCCAUGUACUUCAAAGUUGAUCACUAUGAGUUUUAUAUUGUCUAUGAAACCGAAUCAACGAAGCCAAUGGGAUUCUUCUCGAAAGACCUUGUUUCUUAUCAGCAAAACAAUCUAGCGUGCAUUCUCACAUUCCCUCCAUAUCAGAGACGUCGACUUGGCUCUUUACUUUUGGAGUUUUCUUAUGAAUUAUCAAAAAGUGAAGGGAUUUUAUCAGGCCCUGAAUUGCCACUCUCACCAUUUGGCUUGAUAAGCUACUUGAAGUACUGGUCAAAAGUAAUAUGUUAUGAAUUGACCACAGGCGAAUUGGCUAAUUUUGGGAGACUUACACUUGAGGACAUUGCUACUGUAUCGGGAAUGCGAAUACAGGACAUUAUUUUGACAUUAAAAUAUCUUAAUUGCCUUGGAGAAUCAAAUGAUAUAUAUCUGACCCCUUUGAAAAAUAAUUUGAAAAAAUACGGUUCUAAAAGAAAUGAUAUCUUUUCCUUAGAGGAGGAAUACCUGCUCAUUGACGGCUAA